UAUAUAUAUGACCAACAUCCUAUUUAGGGCUUUUAACACAUGCUAACAUGGAAGCAAUCAGGAAUUAAUCCUAAUUGAUUGCUCCAUUCAUCAUCUUGAUGAGGACUUUUUUUUUUUUUUUUUUUGCAGUCUCAGAAUGAGCACUAGGAAAGACAUUCAUUGAGUUCACUCACAUAUUCUCCUCCUCCUCAUCAUCAUCUCUUUUGCCUGAGUGGCUGACUGAGCUGCCUGCAUGGCUGCCUCCCCUCCCUCCCUCGCUCGCUCGCUCGCUGGCUGGCUGGCAGUUGCUCCCAAAAGUGGCACCGAGAUCUCCGGCUCUGAAACUGUAGCAAAGGACCCGGUAAAUGAGAGCUUCUCACUACAUGCCCCGUGUUGCAUCCAUGACUUUACACACCUGGCUGCUGUACGGGCUUGGAUUUAUCUCAUCGCUCUGCUUGACACAAGUGGAGGGUCUGCAGUGCUAUGGCUGCAACAUCAUCCAGGGCCAGCGCUACGUGGACGUGGGCUGCUCCAACCCGGAGGUGCUCACCUGCACCCACUCACACAAGGGCUUCAAGCACCGCUUCUGCAUCAAGACAGAGAGCACUGCACUGGGCAUCGUCCUGACCAGCGGCUGCGCCACGUCCAGACACUGCCAGCAACAGGAGCUGCCGGGCGUCCGCAUCCACUGCUGUGACUCGGACCUGUGCAACAGCGCCCCCUCCAGGAGCCCGCACACACUACUCCAGUGCGCCUGCGCGCUGGGCAGCCUCCUGAUGCGGAGGUUGUGGCUGUGACGGGAAAGAAGGGGACACAAACUCACUGUGUAUUUAAAAAACAACAACAAAACUGUCACGUCCUCACUUACUUGACAUUUCAUGUCAAGGGUCGAACGGAUUGUAAUGAAAUCCGGUAACAACUUUGCGAAUGCUGGGAGAAAAGCGUUCACUAUUGUUUUUGUUCUUGUAUGAUUACACAAAAAUUAGUUUAAAAUGUCCACACGACGACAGGUAUGAGUGCAUAUUUGGAAAAAGGUGCAUAUUUAUUUUCACCUUUUUGUUUUGUCUUUUGAAGCGGUAGAACAUGGAUGAAAAAAAUAGCACAUAGGCAUUCAUGCUGCAUUCAACACAACUGGGAAAUCGGAACUUUAUAUGCCUCUGAUAGGAAAAAUGUGUCAAAGUCAAAAGGUAUUACUCAAACUUUUUUUUUUUUUAGAUUUUAUAAAU